AUGAAGGAUAGCAUCACCAACCCGCCGGAGAAGGACCCGAAUUCGAUCAUGACUGUAGCUGACCAAGGUCAGGGAGGUCUCGCGGAAAAAACCCGAUCAAAUUCGACCACUCAAUCGUCGAUUGCUCUUACCAAGGACAACCCUGCCAUCACAACUUCCCAGCGCCGCAGCAAGCGAUACCCUUCAAAACCCGCCGAGGAUGGCGCAAUGAAAGGCCGUUUGCUCUUCCCAUCUGACGUUGCCCAAGGCCAGGAUGGCUCCAUGGCCAAAGCUCGAUCGAACUCUACCACUCCUUUGUCGACCGAUUUCAUCGAGGAUAAUCCUGACACCUUGCUUUCCACGAGCCAACGCAAGCAAACCCCUCCUUCCAAAACCGCCAAGGAUGGCGCAGUGCAAGGACGACCGCUUGUCGCGUACACCAAGAAACUCAAGGUGUCCAAGUUCCACCGGCUCUACAAGAAGGCUUGGAGGCAGGAGGUUUUUGGGAACCAAGCAUUUAUCACCUGGUCCUCUCGCACUGCGGAACACUUUGGUCAGGCAAUAUCCAAAUGCCCCGGCUGGUGGGCUGAAGCCAGUACGGACCAAGCCGAUGCUCAUUCUUACGACGAGAUCGCUGCGUUAAUCCUGUCUGGCUUGACGGUGUACGACCCAUCACUUGGUGGUUCUAUGCCACAGCUUCGGUCCAGCAUGCAGAAUCUGUUUUCUCUUGGCGACCUCGAAGACGCCGACGAUGACGAAGCUUCCUGGUCUCUUCGCGAGUACUUUCUUCGCCUCGCGACACAGUGCCCCACGGUUGUUAGAAUGAAGCAAAAUGUGCUCUAUC